CUCUCUCUCUCUCUCUCUCUUUCCUUAAACGAGUAUUUCGUUGACUAGUGGUUAUAACCUGUCAGUUGAAUAUUCCUGCGUAUAUCAUCCAGGAAGAUUUUGCUAUUGAAAAGGAGAAUUCCGUGGAUUGGACAGUGAUACUGUAUAGUGAUAAUACGACCCGAAGAUGCCGCUCUUCGGUAAGAAGGAUUCGAACAAAAAGAUCAAGAAAGAUGGGAAAGACGACAAAUCGCCGUCUGUCGAAGACAAAUACAUCCUAAAGGAGUUACUUGGAACGGGUGCUUUCUCUGAAGUACGUUUGGCAGAAAGUAAAGAAAAACCUGGUCAAAUGUUUGCUGUGAAAAUCAUUGAUAAGAAAGCAUUGAAAGGGAAAGAAGACUCUUUAGAAAAUGAAAUAAGAGUGUUACGGAGGGUUACUGGUGGAGAAUUAUUUGAUAGAAUUGUUGAAAAAGGUUCCUAUACAGAAAAAGAUGCAUCAGGUUUAAUAAGACAAGUUUUAGAAGCUGUUGCUUACAUGCAUGAUCAAGGAGUGGUGCACAGAGAUCUUAAGCCUGAAAACCUUUUAUAUUAUAGUCCAGAAGAAGACAGUAAGAUUAUGAUUAGUGACUUUGGCCUAUCAAAAAUGGAAGACUCUGGUGUUAUGGCAACUGCUUGUGGUACUCCAGGAUAUGUUGCUCCAGAAGUCUUAGCACAAAAGCCAUAUGGAAAAGCUGUGGAUGUAUGGAGUAUAGGAGUCAUUUCUUACAUUUUAUUAUGUGGUUAUCCUCCAUUUUAUGACGAAAGCGAUGCGAAUCUGUUUGCACAAAUUUUAAAAGCAAGAAGCUAACCAGACUGUUAUAGGUGAAUUUGAAUUUGAUUCGCCGUACUGGGACGAUAUCAGUGACUCUGCAAAGGAUUUCAUUCACAAAUUGAUGUGUGUCAAUGUUGAGGAGCGCUAUACUUGUAAACAAGCCCUUGCACAUCCUUGAUGAUUAUCAAGUUGCUGAUUGUAUGUGUUUGCUCGCCAGGCUCCGUAGGAAAGUCUUCCUCUUCUCUCAUGGUUGCAGCAAGCCUACCACGCAGCCACGGUCAUACGUCAAAUGCAACGGCUGGCACUCACCAGCGGCCAGUUGCAGCAGGGCCCAGGAUCAACAGACCCCUCCAGCGGCAACCUCACGCCAUACCCCGAUCAAUCGCAAUCCAACCCCAGUCACCAACCCAGAUCAGUGGAGCCUCAGACCAACCUCAAUUGAAGGAAAUACGCGAGUCACCAUUGCCGGUGUCAAGCUUGGUGGCCUCGAAUCCUAUUCCUAUUCCGAUCACUCCAAACUCACCAUUCUACUUACGCAACAAACGCUUCAAGCUGUGGGGUAGCACACGCACUGCUCUGUCUACUCUAUUUCAAACGAAUGUAUCGUAUCUUAGAAAGCAAAGAAAGUAUAAGAAAAGCUGA